GUUAAUGCACAGCAGCAGAGAAUGUGAUCAUGUAUCAGUAUUCGUGUGGUCGAUAAUAGCUGAUUUAAAUAAACAGUAGCGGUUGAGAUUGUAGCUAGCCUAAUGUGCAGUGCCUUUGCUCUGUAGCCGCCGCAUCGCCCUGUUUACAGCCAUUUGUAGCAGCUAAUCUCUACACUUUUGGGCGCCAGAAAAGCCAUGGAUAAAGGGGUGUUGGUUCUCUUUACAGUCUUGCUUCUAGAGAGGUUUGCAGCGGGAGACCCGGCGGAUCCCUCACAUGUGGACGGUGCUCCGCCUUCAAAAAUAGCUGUGGUGGGAGCAGGCAUCGGAGGCAGCUCCACGGCUCAUUUCCUGCGGCAGCACUUUGGGCCUGAGGUCCAGGUGGACGUGUUUGAAAAGGGAGAGGUUGGAGGUCGCCUCGCCACAGUAACGGUCAAUCACCAUGAUUACGAGUCUGGAGGCUCUAUCAUCCAUUCGCUCAACCUCCACAUGCAGGAGUUUGUGAAAGUACUCGGUUUAAAGUACCGACGCAGUGUUGCUGGUAAAACAGCGGUCUUUAACGGAGAGGAGAUGAUUUUGGAGGAGACGGACUGGUACCUCCUUGACCUGUUCAGACUCUGGUGGCGCUACGGCAUUAGCUUCAUCCGCCUGCAGAUGUGGGUGGAGGAGAUCAUGGAGAAAUUCAUGAGGAUCUAUAAGUACCAGGCGCACGGUUACGCUUUCAGCUCAGUGGAGGAGCUGCUGGACUCUCUGGGGGGCAGUGGGUUUUUGAAUAUGACCCGAAGGCCACUCUCUGAUUCUCUGUUGGAGCUGGGUGUGUCCCAACGCUUCAUCGACGAGGUCAUUGCUCCCAUCAUGAGGGUCAACUAUGGCCAGAACGUCAGCAUCCCGGCGUUUGUGGGAGCAGUGUCUUUGGCUGGAGCUCAGGACAACCUGUGGUCUGUGGAGGGUGGAAAUAAGCUGGUAUGCUCUGGACUGCUCAAAAUGGCCAAUGCAAACCUGCACCAGGCACAUGUCACCUCGGUCUCACCUGUCAAAUCAGGAGACACUCUUCAAUACCGUCUCAGCUACACCUCAGAAACAACCUCUGGCUCUGAUCUUUAUGACAUUGUGGUUUUGGCGACACCCCUCCAGGAGAGUGUCCAAUCAGGGAUCAAGUUUGAGGACUUCACACCGCCCUUUGACCAACUGCCUGGUUACUACCACAGCACUGUUGCCACCAUUGUCCACGGAUACCUCAACACCACGUUUUUUGGUUUCCCAGACCCAAGACUCUUCCCAUUUGCCAGCGUUUUGACAACAGAUAUACCCCAGUUGUUUUUUAAUAGUGUGGCCAGUGUCUGUCCCGUCAACAUCUCGGCAGGUUUUAGGCGAAAACAGCCACAAGAAGCAGGAGUUUACAAAGUGUUCUCCCCUCAAACGUUGGACAAGGGUCAGCUCAAAUCACUCUUCAGGUCGUAUUAUUCAGUGCAGGUGACGGAGUGGCUGGCUUACCCCCGUUAUGGCAGCAGCACGGGCCUCCCCUCUAUUGAGCUCCACCCGAAUCUGUACUACCUGAACGGGAUCGAGUGGGCCGGCAGCGCCAUGGAGAUGAGCUCAGUGGCUGCUAAAAACAUUGCACUGCUAGCUUACCACCGCUGGAACCGACAGGGUGACAUGGUGGAUCAGAAGGACUUGAUGCACAAGAUCAAAACCGAGUUAUGACCCGGAAAGAAGAAGACAAUGACUCAACACUGGUAAAACUGUGCCUGACUAACUGCAGAGUGCAUGGUAUAAUAUGGCUGUAGAAACAGUAAGUAAGUAAACCUUUCACACAAAGCAUCAUUGUAGAAAUAUAGACAUGCUAUUUAACUGAAAUGUUCUAGUCUACACUGGUCUGAAGAUGUAAAUAUUUAAUGCUAGAGAUGUAACAAU